AUGAAAACCAGCUUCAUCAUCCUAGUGGGAAUUUUCUUCCCUUCAGUCACUGGAAUCAUGGCUGGAUCCAACAGGUCUGGGGACUUGAAAGACGCCCAAAAGUCGAUUCCCAUUGGGACACUGGCAGCUGUGUGCACCACUUCCACUGUUUACCUGAGUGCGGUGCUCUUCAUUGGUGGCUCUAUUGACAACAUGUUGUUGAGGGACAAGUUUGGGGACAGUAUUGGAGGCAAGUUGGUGGUGGCCAACCUGGCCUGGCCCAAUGAGUGGGUCAUUCUCAUUGGGUCCCUGCUUUCCACCAUUGGAGCUGGGAUGCAAAGUUUGACUGGUGCCCCGAGAUUGUUGCAGGCCAUUGCCAAAGAUGAGAUCAUCCCGUUCCUGAGACCCCUGGCAGUGUCUUCAGCCAAUGGCGAACCCCGGAGGGCCUUGUUCCUCACCUGGAUGAUCUGCCAGGUGUCUGUGCUGAUUGGCAACCUCGACAACAUCACGCCCUUGUUGUCCUGCUUCUUCCUCAUGUGCUACGGAUUUGUGAACCUUGCCUGUGCCCUGCAGACCCUGCUGAGGACUCCCAACUGGAGACCGAGGUUCAAGUACUACCACUGGUCCCUGUCCCUCAUCGGCCUCGGGCUCUGCGCCAGCGUCAUGUUCAUGUGCUCGUGGUACUACGCCCUGUGCUCCAUCGGCCUCGCCAUCCUCAUCUACAAGUACAUCGAGUACCGCGGCGCCGAGAAGGAGUGGGGCGACGGGAUCCGCGGGAUCGCCCUGUCGGCGGCCCGCUACUCGCUCCUGCGCCUCGAAGAAGGCCCGCCGCACACCAAGAACUGGCGUCCCCAGAUCCUCGUGUUUGUCAAGCUCGACGACCAGCUCUUCCCCAAGCACACCAAGAUCCUGACGUUCGCCUCGCAGCUCAAGGCCGGCAAGGGCCUGACGAUGGCCGUGUCCGUCGUCGACGGCGACUUUUCCCGCAAGUACGGCGAGGCCCAAGCAGCCAAGGAGAGUCUGCGCAAGGCCAUGACGGACGAGAAGCUCAAGGGCUUCGUGGACGUCCUGGUGGCGCAGAGCGUCAUCAACGGCAUCAACGGAUUGAUCCAGACGUCGGGGAUCGGCGGCCUGAAGCCCAACACCGUCAUCGUGGGCUGGCCCCACUCGUGGCGCAAGUCGACGGACGAGCGGUCGUGGAAGACCUUCAUCUCGACCGUGCGUUGCGUGGCGGCGGCCAAGAUGGCCCUGCUCGUGCCCAAGGGCAUCGCCUUCUACCCGGACUCGACCGAGAAGAUCUCGGGCAACAUCGACAUC